AUGGCUGUGAAAGUGUUGCAUCAUACACGCUGCAACCUGCCGGCUGCUUUCGAUGACAUCCUCUACAGUUCCGUUGUUGAUUCUUGUGGAAAGGCUUUUGUUUGGGAUCAUGCGCUGGACGUUUUGGGCAACGCCAAGCACUACAGCCUACAAAGUAAUGUCAUUGCUUCCAACUCUGCCAUUACCACAUGCAGCCGGUUGACACUCUGGCAGCGCAGCAUGUCGGUGUGGCAGAAGAUCCGUGCCGGUGGACUGCAGCUCCUGGACACCAGCUUCGUUGCUGUCCUCAGUGCUUCUGCGGUACCUUUGUGGCAGAAGGCUUUGCAGUGGCUUGAGCUGGUUGGACAAGAAGGAAUACGAUGGCAGACUACCAUCACAAAUUGCGCCAUCGCGUCCUGCUCCGUCGCCUCUGCCUGGAAACACUGCAUGUGUUUGCUUCUUCACAAAGUUGACAUCUUUGGUUGGACAGCUGCUCUUUCGAGCAACAGCUGCUCUGGUGCCUGGGAGAAGGCUUUAGACACGCUCCUUGCGAUCGGCUGUUCCUCUUUGCAACCGACAUCUGUUACCUUCAAUGCUCUUACCGCUGCGAGCACCGAAGUGGACAGCUUGGGUGCGCUGCCGUGGUUCGUGUCGUUGACUGCUUUGAGAACGUGCGAAGACAUGCAGCUCCCUGAUCUCCAGUAUCACCGCCGGAAGAAGUUGGCGCCAGGCUUCUUCGAUUUGGAAUGA